UAGUACCGGAGCACUUCGGCACCAGUUUUAUGCCUGCACAGAGAAAGAAGUUGACGUUCAUGUGUGUCUAGGUUUUUCGGGCUGUGGCUGCAUUGUGUUAGUGGCCUUUUUCCAGAUGCCGUGCCCACGUUGCUGAGACGAACACGCGUGUUACAUUUGGUGGACGUGCUGGGUAGUCCCUUUCCUCGUCCUGGAGCUCCGCAGCCGUACUUCACCACCUCCCGCUGCAAUGACUGAGGACGCCACUACCUCUCGAGCCGUACCCACCCCGGCGCCUGCCAUGUGUGUUGGUGUGUUUCGUCAGCGUGACUCUCCGACAUUCGGUGGUAUUGACGAUCGCGAUGUGGAAGACUGGCUGUCCGAGUAUGAACGCUGUUGCGCUCAUAACAAGUGGAUGACGCUGCCAAGCUGACUCACGUCAUCUUUUGCCUGACUGAUGUGGCCAGCUUAUGGUUCAACAAUCACGAAGCCGAUUUUACGAUCUGGUCGCUUUUCAAGGAACCCCUUACUUCGUUCUUCGGUCGGCCAGCCGUGCGCAAGCUUCGCGCUGAACACCGCCUGCGUGGCCGACCUCAACAAAAUGCACACAACACAUGGCGACAAAGAUGGGAUCGACGCGAGUGGCUUCCCGGGACCGCGGCGGCUGCUGACAAGCGGGGCAGGCAACCAGGCAACCAGGCCAGGGCUGCGGAACCUCGAGGAAACGGCCAACAUGCUAAAGUGUUUACAGUGGAUGACGCCCGUGCAGCUCAAGCAAACCGGCGUUUCGGCGGAUAUCGCAGACGGUGACUGGGUGGACGACAUAAAGCCUUGGCCACAGCUUCAGAGGACAUGCCACCAAACGUACAACAAGGAACCAGAGCGGCGGCUCGGCGAGACAUGCAUUACGAGGACGGCGUGCGAGCUUGGCGAUGCCCACUCGGACUGCAUCCACUGGCAGUGUCAAUGCAAGAAGGGCUUCCGUAUAGAAUUCCUCCAUGGAGUGCCUGUGUGUGUCACCGGUUUCUUCCCGAACCAGUGCUACUCGCACAACCAGUGCAUCGAGAUGGACGAGCAUGCCCUGUGCGUGAGCAACGUGUGUGACUGCGAAAACGGCUACCAGAGGGAGCUCAUCUAUUGGAAGUACGUCUGCAGGCCAGAAAAAUCGGACAAAAGCCUUAUCAUAUUCAUCCUGAGCUUCACGCUACUCCUACUAAUUGUUGUAUUGCUGUAUAUCGGGAAACAUUACGUGCAGUCGGAAUGUGCCGGACCUCCGAACCCGCCCUGUCCCGCAUCCACAACCAUCACCGGCUUCACGGGUUCCAUCCAGGACGCAGACAGUCCGGAGUGGGAUUUGGUGGUGAUACCCAGGGCCGUAAGACCACCGUCCCCCGUGCUGCCUUCCAAAGAAGACCUGCCGCCCAGCUACGAGGAGGUGAUGCGGUACCUCUCCCAGCAAUCGUCGAAAAGAUGACGUUCACACCACGAGGCAUGGAGGCGUGCCUAUCGCUGACCAGUGGCCUCAGCCCUUGCGACGCAAGAGCAGCAGCAGCAGUGCACUCGCCGCAUCCUACGGCCAUUGGCGGUCGCCUCUAGGGCUGACCUUUGUCGAUCGGUUCGACUAUCCGGCGGUGCCGGCUGCGGCGGCGGUUUUGUAACCAUGGCCAAGGAACUGACAGACCUGUCUUCACUGCCGCCACCGCCAUCUCCCCCGCCGCCGCCACCACCACCAGCGCCUGCUGAACUAGUGGCGCCACUAUCCGAGCUCUCUCGCCCUUCCACCACGCUCUCUACAGCGUCCGCAGGGGAACACUUCCAUCGAGUCCUGAUCCACCAGGAGCCGCCACCUCCUCCACCGCCACCGCUACCUGCAACGUCACAGCUGACAGCCACGAACCUGGCGAGCUGCGUGCGCAUCGCGCAAGAGCGGAUGCACGAAGAAGCCAUAGAAAUUGAACCUGUUACCUUCGCCGUCGCCGAGGCGUACGACUCCGUCAGAAACAAGACCCGGUGCUUGAGGUUCGAUCUUAGGUUCUAAGUGCUGACACUAAAAUAACAGGAAGAAAGGCAAACUGAGGGUUGAGUGUUUGGUGCUGUAACUUGUUAUUGGCACUUCGGUAGUGUUUUGUUCAUUGGAGUGCACGCGGUAACUAUCCGCGAUAUCAAGAGACGUUCUUUGCAAGAUACUGGAGUUUUAAUCACUGCACGUUGUGCAGUGUCCUCAGAGAAAGAGUGUAGGACGACUUUUCUGAGAGGACGGCACUAGGACAUGUAAUGUCGUUUUCGAAUGAUCGUGCAUCACUAUGCGAACAUCAGCGUUCCGCCUACAGAAAUUGCCGUCUUUUGGAACCAAUCUGCUCAAGUCAGUGCUGAACUUUGCUUGUGAGAAUUGACUUCUUCAAUCGCGCAGGUGAUGUUUUCAGCGGAACACAGGUAAAGCAAAACGCCCGGAUAAUACACGACACGCGGUCAAGCCUUACCGCACAUGGUCGAAAUCGCGGGCUUUUUCUUUGUUUGGUGCUCCUUGUUCAUGGUAUGCUCGAGCACCACUUCCAUUUCUUUUCUCUUUCGAACGAGUAUCAUCAUCAGCCAUAACUUCCGACUUACGGAAGUAGUGUUCAGGACUGUAUAUUUGCACAGUAUACACUAACGCAUACAUAUAUCUAACCAUACCCAUUUAACUAUAUCAGCUCUAAAGCCAACGCUAAUGGCUCAACAGUUGUCUAGAACUCACUGCCCUUGUUCGUACGCCAAGCCGACACAAGUCGCGCACGUGGAGUUCGCAAAUGUUUGCAUGUACUGAGCUCAUCUUAUGGUUGGUUCGUUAAUUGGUCGCCUCCACGAAGCCAACUUAAAGGGACCCUGAAACAAUUUUGACGAUUUUGUACAAACGUACUGAGUCGUUAGAGUAGGUCCUCCUGAUCAUUAAUUGACGCAUCUAAGUGCUCCGCGUCAAGCGUGCAAUUGUAAGGUUUUAAAAAUGUACAUCGCUGCCGAUCGUAGCAGACUGCUCGGCGGAAUUUUCAGCCGCCCCUAACCAUAUGACGUAAAUCACCCAAUUGACGUCAGCAGGGCGAGUUAUCCGAUUGGCUGCGCAGGGCGCGUCAUCGAUAAUUUUUCCACUUUUAUGGCAAACAAAUAAUGUUCGUAAUAGUUGGAACGCUAGUUAAUUUGUUUCUAUAAAAAGAAAGUAACAGAAAGAGAAUGCACAAGAACAAUUUCUCACUACAUUUAAGCACUUCCGGCACACAGCAAGCGUCGUGUGCUUCUGUUACAACGUGCUCCAUUUUGGCGAGAGCUCCGCGGUCCGAGUCGAUUACAGUCUUUUCGCGAGCACUAUGACACGACUUUGUUGCGUUGUGGACUGCAAACGUAGCGACUGCCAAUAUGUCAAGCUGCGACAUCGUGUCCCUCUGCAAGGCAACAGACGAGCGGUCUGGCUGCAGCGCAUCGGACUGCCGCUAUCUAGUCGGCGCCAGGAUUUGCGCGUUUGCGGCUUUCACUUUACACCGGAAGAUUACUAACGCAAUAGCGUUUCGCGAGUCCGGUAUUCGGAUAAACUCAAGCGCAAGGGGGCAGGGCCUGGCCGUUUGACUGCGUUGUUUCACGAGAUGAGCAGAAGCGCAAAUGUGAAUGGUCUGCACGGUGCAGCCACCUGGUGGCACAGAGCUCAACCACACACUGUAGCAGUAACGAAGUGUAUUCUUUGCUGCUGGUGUACAUUUUUCGCAGGAGUGUAAUCGUUAAAUAACACGUUGUUUUUGUAAAUGUUUAAAAUGUUUUACACUUGGAUAGAGGAAUGUUAGCGCUUUGUUUGGCUGGUUAAGCUAGGCGCCAACAGGUGACUGCACCGUGCACACCGAUCAGGCCAACGUCUACGCUAAAGUUCCUUCAUCAGCUUGAGUUUAUGCCUCCAGCCAUCCAUCGAAACGCCCAGUUCGCCUGUGGUUACCGGAAUAGCAGACACGUUCGACGCUGGCACAGAAUGCUCGCAGCGCACGCUGCUUCGAUAGCUCUCGCGUGGGGUCGACUGCAACAGCCAACGGAGAGCGUGGAGAGGCUUCGCGUGCUCGCCCCUAGAGAACCGGAAGUCGACGACAGGACGUGCCAUCAUGACGCAGAGCCAGUGAAGGCGGAGCUUAGCCCCGAUCAAUCGGCGAACGAGUUGCGGAGAAAAUGCAUGACUGUGGAAGAGGGUAACUUGCAAUCGUCCAUAGCUCUUUUAGUGUGAGACGGUUCACACAAAUUGUGGUGCGAAUGGUUAACUUUAGCUGUACCCUACGCUUCUACAAAAUGUGUCCGAACCGUUUCAGGGGCCCUUUAACUUCACUGACAGCAAUUGUGAGAGAUGGCGCAGGGAUUCCUGCUAAUCGUUAUGUUUCUAAGAAAUGUCGUUAGGCCUUGGAUAGUGUCUUUCGUAGCUAGACACACACACACACCACACACACUCUCUCUCUCUCACACACUCUCUCUCUCUCUCUCUCUCUCACACACACACACACACACACACACACACACACACAGCCUGUAAAUGAAGUACCGUUUGUUACAGAGGUUUUAAAGAGCACAUGCUCAAGUACUCGCACUUUGCAGCGAGUCGCCGCCGCACGAAGUGCAUCCGUUGGUGAUCGACACGGGAAAGAUUGACUGGCUGGUUCAUUCAAUGUAACAGGUAUUCAGGCAUCUUUCAUAUUGGAGAUAGCACAGAAUAUAUACAUUACAUCUUUCCGUUUGAGACAGAACACACCACCCUGCGGCAAAUUCAAAAAACAAUAUAAUUUCUUUAUCAAAAAAGGUUAGCACAUUGGUUAAAACUGUGAUAAAAAGCUUGCAAGCUAGGCAUGCACAGAUGUUUAUUGGCCUCAGUGCAGAUGCUGUUAGUUGUUUAUUUGUUUUCUGACGUUUUUACAGCUGCGUUCAUGGAAGCGCGGACAGAAAUUAACACGCCUUAUCAUCACGUCACACCAUAUUUUUUAUUCCUAUAAAACACCAGAAAGAGGUAUGCAUUUGCCUCGAAGCACGUGCCGUCAUCUUGCGCCAUUGUUUUCUGUCCAAAUGCCGUCUUAUCACCGUUUUACUAACGCAUAUCAAAGAUAUGCUUCCAAACAGAGUUGUGCUCAAGCGUCAGCAGCGUUAACCGUUAUGGGCCCCACAUCCACAUGGCUAAAGUGCGUGUGUCUAUGUAUUAUUGUUACAGCACGAUAUGGGUAUUUGUUUCCGUCUUUGUUUACCUGAAGGACCGAUACCGCUCGCGGUCAGCGAUAUUGUUUCAACUGUGUGAAAGAAGAACAUGACUGUGACAAUGUAAUCUGAAAGGAAACAAAUGUGUGUCUCGUGCUCGCGAGAAGUGUCAAAAAUACGUGGCAUGAACAUCGGGCAGACCAUUAGCACGGCGGCAUUGCGGUGUAUGCAGAACGCCACGCCCCCCCCCCCCCCUUCUCCCCCACUGAAGCGUUUGCGUGGCAGUCUAAUCAUGACGAAGAUGUCACAGAAAGCCAUAAGGAGACUUGAAGUCAUCAACAUUGGGUGAACGAGGGAAGCCACAGCCUGGAGUCAGCGUUUCGACGACGGGAUUUGCCGUCGUCAAGAACUGGUCAGUGCCCUCGCAAGUGCCGUAUCCGUCAGAGCUUCGUUGGUGCGCUCAAAAGUUCUACAUGCCAUGAGCUGAAUUACGAGGUUUUACGUGUCAAAAACCAUGAUUUGUUUAUGAGGCGCGCCGUAGUGGGGGCACCCGGGGUUAAUUUUGACCGUCAGGUUAUCCUUAACGUGCCCCAAUGCAUGGGGCACGGGCGUUUUGGCAUUUCUCCCCCA